UUUCCUUCGUCUUCUCACACGCGCUUCUUUAAUUUAUCCACGCGGGCGACGAGACGGCUCGCCGAAGACAGACUCCCCGGCGGCAACCACACAAGCCAUUCGUGGCCGCAAGUAGUGCAUUCGUUCUCUCUUCACUACGCCCUCAUUCCCCACUGCCUCCUGGCAGUGUCAUCUUUCAUCCGCAGCCAUUUCCCGCCGAUCCUCUCUCUCUGUUUCUUGUCGUUCGGCUAUAGGGUUUUAUUCAUCCAAUAAAGCUUUGGAAGCUCAAAUUGGAAUUGCGAGAGAUGUGGGCUUUCACAGCAAAUCUUCAGCCGUCUCUGAAUUCCCCCAUUCCUUUAAUUUCCAUAACCUCACGUUCUUCGCAUUCUCGUGUUUGUCCAAAGCCAACACUCAUUUGCUCUUCCUUACAGUCUCAGGUUGAGACUCUUAAUGGAACCACAGAUGGGAGGGUCUCUGAGAGAAGUGAGAUUCGAUUUGGGUUGCCUAGUAAAGGUCGGAUGGCAACUGACACCCUAGAACUUCUCAAGGAUUGUCAAUUAUCCGUAAAACAAGUCAAUCCGCGGCAGUAUGUUGCAAAUAUCCCACAACUUUCGGGGUUGGAAGUCUGGUUCCAAAGGCCUAAAGACAUCGUUCGAAAAUUGUUAUCUGGAGACCUGGACCUCGGUAUCGUGGGUCUCGAUACAGUGAGCGAAUAUGGACAAGGUAGUGAAGAUCUUAUUGUUGUUCACGAGGCCCUUGAAUAUGGGGAUUGUCGAUUGUCACUUGCUAUACCCAAAUACGGCAUUUUCGAGAAUGUAAAUUCAAUCCAGGAUUUAGCCCAGAUGCCCCAGUGGACUGAGUCUAAGCCUCUUCGAGUUGCUACUGGCUUUACUUAUCUUGGCCCCAAAUUUCUUAGAGAGAAUGGGUUGAAACACGUGAGUUUUUCAACUGCUGAUGGAGCAUUAGAGGCUGCCCCUGCGAUGGGGAUAGCUGAUGCUAUUUUAGACCUUGUAAGUAGCGGGACUACUCUGAGAGAGAACAACUUGAAAGAAAUUGAAGGUGGAGUGGUUUUGGAAAGCCAGGCUGUUCUCCUUGCCAGCCGAAAGUCCUUGGUCCAAAGGAAAGGUGCUUUAGACACAACCCAUGAGAUUCUUGAAAGACUGGAAGCACAUCUGACGGCUGUUGGUCAGUUCACGGUGACUGCUAAUAUGAGAGGAAGUAGCACACAAGAAGUUGCCGAGCGUGUUUUAAGUCAACCAUCAUUGUCUGGGAUGCAGGGCCCUACUAUAAGUCCAGUUUUCUGCAAACGUGACGGAAAGGUAGUAGCUGAUUACUAUGCCAUUGUCAUAUGUGUCCCUAAAAAAUCCCUCUACAAGUCGGUUCAGCAACUGAGAGCAAUUGGAGGAAGUGGGGUUCUAAUAUCUCCGCUGACGUACAUUUUUGACGAAGAGACUCCGAGAUGGAAUCAACUUCUCAAAGAACUCGGGCUUUAAACAGUAUUACUAAUUGUGUAAUGCAUGAAAUAAGAUGGUAUGUUUAGUGAGUUUAUAGAAGGCAUCCGCUUUGGUGGACCCUAGAAAGAGUUUACCUUCCUCUUCCAACUUCACUUAUUUAUGUGUAAUCUCAAUUCUUAUUCUCUUAAGAACUUUAUGUGUCAUUGUCUUUUCCUAGACGUUUUGAUCUACAUCUUUUGUCCUCACAAAUGUAUUGUAGCCUUCGUUAAGGAUUAUAUUUUGUUUCUAAUUUUCAGUUCAAGGUUGUGACUUUGGGAGAGAUUUGAUUCU